CUACCAGAUCAGGUCUAUUUUUAUGCAAUUGAACGCGUUUAAUAUUCACUGAAAUAUUACUACGCUACCAUAUAAAAGGAAUUUCCUAGGAAAAGCAGCUUUCUAGUUAAGAAUUGUUUGCUGGAGUAUAGAUCAUAAAUUGGAGUAUCCAGGUUUCCCUCUGUUGGUCCAAGAAACGCUUUUUUAACGCGUUAUUUGAUGAUCUCAAACACGAAGAAAAGUUACUCAUUGAAGCAAGCGUUAACGAAAGGAACAUUUUGUUGCGGUUUCUCUACAAUAGGUUAUCUUUUGAAAAGUACUCAAUUUCUUGCUAUUGGAAUUGUUUGAUAUGUAAAACACGUCUCCCAUAAAAUUAUGCUUCGUUUACUUUCAAACCAAGAAUUUUAUCAAGUUUUGCAGUCCGUUAGAAGUGGUUCUGCAGAGUUUAUGCAUAUCUUUGAUCUUCGGCUUAGAUCAAAUUAUAUCCGAGGUCAUAUCAAAGAUGCAAUAAAUGUUUCUUUGCCAACUGCCUUACUACGUCGUCCUUCCUUUGAUAUUGGUAAAGCAUUGGCGUGCAUCAGUAACUCAAUAAAAGUCGCAGACUUCAAAGACUUGACGUGUUUAUUCAUAUAUGAUGCUGCAAUGGCCGGCUUGAAUCGUAUCUAUGAUUUUGUCCGAAAAUUUCGCAGUGGAGGCUAUACGAACGAUAUAUAUGUCCUGGCUUCAGGAUUUGAAGAAUUUGCAAAGUCGUGUCCUGAGAUAAUUGAUUAUAAUUACCCAUCACAAUUCGUGGAUCAUUGUAUGUAUGAUGCUGUUAUCCCCUCUCGAAGUAAUACCGUAGAGUUUCUCGACCCACCUCCUGCCUCAACAACGGUUUCUCCUGACUAUAGCUUUCCACUCCGAGUCCCUAUUCAUAUUCCUUCCCCCUUGAUCUCUCCUUCUGUUGCAUCAAGUACAUUUAGUGAACGUCCAAGUCAAUCGGAGUAUCCGGGCUUUGAAAAAUUUGGUAGCCCUGUUAGUCUUUCUCCUCAAUCUCCUCACCCUCAAAAGUCCUAUACAUCCCAACUACUUUCUUCAAUAAACACCGUGAAUUCUGCUCAAAAUGAAUUCCCAUUUAUGCCGAUGUCUCCUCCGGUGUCUCGUUUAUGUUCUGAUCCCAUCUCUCCUAUUGAAAAUAAACUAAAUCCCUUAUCUCCCUCCAUCUCUCACAAAUCACCUGCGUCUAGGCCUGCUUUACGCUCGCUGUUUUCAUUUCCUUCAAGUCCCAGGAAGAGGCCACCCUUGUUACGGUCAUGGAGCUCUUCUUCUUCUUUUAGCUCUUUAGGCUCAGAACAGCAAUCUCCUGUUCAUAAUCAGCUUCCCAGAAAGAAUUCUACUAAUGCUAACUUAGAAAGAAUCAUAAAUUCCGCAAAGAUCCAGCCUAAAGGUCUAUCUGAAAACAAUCCAAGAACGGGCAAAAAACUCCUACAGAAGAGGCCCGGUGGUCUAAGAAGAAUGAAUAAGCCAUCUUUUGGAAAAGAUUUUGAUGGAAUCUUUUCUAAGUCUGAUAAUAAGCAAACCACUUCACCGAAUCCUUGGGGAUCUUUUAAACAAGUCACUCCUCCUCCGGCUGAGAUGAUGGCUGAUUUGCAAACUGCCUCAAUAUUUUGCAAAUUUAAGCGUUUGGAAGAACUCGAGCAAAGAAGACGUAUUCUAGUCAAUGAUGCAGGAUCGGAUUGGUCUUGUUUAGCGUCCAGUAGAAACUUCUCCGUAGCUCGCAAGAAUCGUUACACAGAUAUUGUACCCUACGACAAAACCCGUGUUCGUUUGGUUAUUGACGACGAAAGAUCCGAUUAUAUUAAUGCUUCGCAUAUAUCUUCCGGAUUUGGGCAUUAUAUAGCCUGUCAAGCCCCGCAGCCCGAUACCCUAGUAGAUUUUUGGGAAAUGAUUUGGCAUUAUACAGGUUCCGACGGAGUUGUUGUUAUGCUAACAGAUUUAUAUGAGGCGGGAAAUGAAAAAUGCGCUUUUUACUGGCCUGACUCCAAGCAAUCACCUAUGCAGAUUACUUCAACAUCAAGUGUGGAGUUAUUAGAGAAAACAACACUUGAUGAUUUUCAUAUUGAGUAUCGCGUUUUUUGUCUUCGAAAUCAGUCUCAAGCUAAAAUAAUCCGACAUUUUAGGUUCCGUACUUGGACUGACGGAGGGUGCCCUGCGACCAAAAAGCAGGUAGUAGCUUCUAUAAGGCAUAUCAAUGAAGUUCCGAAUUCUGGACCAGUCUUUGUGCAUUGCUCUGCUGGCGUUGGACGAACCGGGACUUAUAUUGCACUUGAUCAGCUAGUUAGGAUGCCGCCAAGUGCCUUAACUAGGGCGGCGAGUUUGGAGGAUUCACAAGAUGUACUGUUUCAGUUGGUUGAUACUUUACGACGUCAGCGUAUGAAAAUGGUUCAAACUUUUAGUCAAUUUCGAUUUUUAUAUUCCAUGGCGGAGUACUUGGCAAGCCUUCCACUCGAAGAUGAAAAGAGUCAUAAGGUGAUACCUGUUUAAUGACUAUUUGCAUUACCGUUGUAUACUAUUUUAUUUUUAUUAUGCACUUUCACUUCUGUUAACGAGCAAUACGAUUAAUUUUUUUUCUAAUUACGCUCGUUUUAUGAAAACUAAUGACGGCCAUGCAUUCUUUCGGUUGUUAAUAAAAAGUUUAUGAAUUUUAUUAUGAUUGUCAUUACGGUUAUAAUUGUGAUUAUUGUCAUCAUCAUCAUCAUGUUAUUACGACGAAAAGCAUAUCUUGUAAAUAGAAAAUUUUAUCGAUUAUUGAGAAUAAAAAAGUAAUAUAGAAAGAUAAUUUUUUGAAUUAAUUGAAAAUGAAAAACUUCAUGAUAUUUUCUGUUACAUCGGUUGAAACUUUGAAUAAGAUCAAUUUACCUGUUGC